AUGCCGGGGCCCCUGUCCGUGGUGCCCGUGGGGUGGCUCCUGCUGUGCUGGGCGGCGGGCUGCGGGGCGACCGUCCGGCGCCUGCCCUCCUUCGGCGGCCACGUGGCGGAGAACCGUCCGGCGGGCACGCGGGUGAGCGGCCUGAGCGUGCCGCUGACCCGGCUGGGGCGGGAGCCGUGGUGCGCCCAGGUGCGAGGGCGCCGCUGGCAGCUGCGCUUGCUGGGCGAGGGCCAGGCGCACUUCCAGGCGGCGCUGCACGCCCGCUCGGGCCGGGUGUGGCUGCGCACCAGGCGGCCCCUGGACCGCGAGGCGCGCGCCCACUACGCCCUGCGCCUGGCCCUCUGCUGCAAGCCCUGCCCCGGCCCCGAUCCCGGCGCGCCCUCCGAGCUGGCCGCCCUGGACGUGGCCGUGCUGGACGCCAACGACAACGCGCCCCGCUUCGCGCCCGGCCCGGCGGGGGCGGCGGAGAUCCGCGUGGCCGAGACGCUGGCGCUGCGGGCGGCGGUGUGGCAGGCGCGGGCGCACGACCCGGACGCGGGCGCCAACGCCGAGCUGCGCUACUUCGCCCGCCCGCCCAGCGCCCACUUCUUCGUGGUGCCGCGCAGCGGGCGCGUCGUGCUGGUGCGCUCCCUCCUGCGCCGCCGCGCCCCCAUCCCGCUGCGCCUCUUCGCCCGCGACCGCGGACGGCCCGCCCUGCUCAGCGCCCCCCUCGAGCUCCGCGUCCUGCCGCAGCCCGUCCGCCUGCCCCGCCGCCAGCCCCCCCACCGACGCCGACGCCGCAGCCCCCCCGAGCCGCCGCUGGCCCUCGCCCUCCCCGAGGACGCACGGCCGGGCACCCUCCUGGCCACGCUGGCACCCGCCGCUCGCUUCCCCGCGGCGCGCUUCGAGCUGGUCUCGCCCCCGCCCGACGUGGCCCCCGUGCGCCUGGACGCCGACACCGGCGAGGUCACUCUGGCCCGCCCCCUCGACAGGGAGAGCCAGCCCCGGUGGGAGAUCAUCUGCCGCGUGCAGGAGAGGACAGGGAAGAAUUGGUACCUGGUACAUUUAGACCUCACAGUGACGGAUGUGAAUGACAACGUCCCAGAAUGGGUCAUGGAGCCCUUUCCAUUCUUGGCCACUGUUUCGCCGAAAGCUGCAGCUGGUACUAAAGUGUAUAAGCUCUUGGCUAAGGAUGAAGAUGAAGAAGAGAAUGGAGCCAUUGAGUAUUUCCUUGUGGAAGGUGGAGAAGAUAGAUUUGAAGUUGAAAGGGACAGUGGUUGGAUUAAAACAACAGGCUUGCCUCUGGAGAAGGAGAAGGAGUAUUUACUGACGGUCCUAGCUGCCGACAAACAUGGUCACCAAGGGCCCCCUGUCUCUAUUUCUGUACUUGUUGGACGUCGUCCACCACAGUUUGCCAAUAUGUCAUACACGGUUUACGUCCCGGAAAACAUGCCCCCAGGAAAAUCGUUUUUGACAACCCGUGCUUUGUCUCAUCAAAACAAAUCCUUGAGUUACAGCCUCAUAACCAAUCCAAAUGGCCUCUUCAGCAUUAACCAGUCAACAGGAGACAUCCACUUCAGUCGUGGUAUGGAUUAUGAGAGUGAUCAGCAUCAGUACCUCCUUCUGGUCCAAGCAAGAGAAAACCAGGGGCAUCUCAGUAGUACAGUUGAGGUUUGGGUUGUAAUUACAGACAUGAACGAUUGCGCUCCCGAAUUCCAGCAGUCUAUCUAUACCAAAGACAGCGUCCCCGAAACCGUGGCUGUCACCACCGCACUUCUGCAAGCAACUGCCAGUGAUUGCGACUCCGGAGAAAAUGCAGAAAUUCUUUACUACUCUCUGAGCUCUGAUUUCACCAUUUCUCCUCAUGGCAUCAUCUUCCCAGCGACAGAAUUGGACUACGAGCGCCCCAACCAUCUUUAUGAGUUUGUAAUUAUGGCUGUAGAUAAAGGAGAACCACCCAGAACUGGGACAGCAACCGUCAGGAUUCAUGUCUCCAAUGUCAAUGAUGAAGUGCCCAAGUUUUCACAGACGGUCUACAAGAGUUUUGUCUCGGAAGAUGCGGGUCCCAACACCUUGAUCGUCGCCGUUCAUGCUAUAGACCCCGAUGGAGAUGGUGUUUCUUACAGUAUUACUGGAGGGAAUCAAAAAGGAAACUUUGUUAUCGACCCUCAGAAAGGCUUAAUCCGCCUCCGCUCCAGCCCACCCCCUAAGCUCGAAGGACCGGAGUACGUGCUUAAUGUUACUGCUACUGAUGACAACAUUUCUGGGGGACCGCGCUCAUUUUCUAGCACCGUGUUGGUUAUUGUGCACGUCGAUGAUGUCAACAAUAACAAGCCAGUAUUUGAGAAGUGUCAGCAUUACCGAGAACACGCUUCUGUGCUGGAGAACCAGCCUGUGGGAACAUUUGUGUUACAAGUAGAGGCGACAGAUGCAGAUGAAGGCGCCAACGGCAGGGUGAAAUACGGCUUGAUGCACAGAGAUGGUGUCCUUCCUUCAUUUAACAUUCACCCUGACACAGGCCUUUUGACAACGCUCCAGGUGUUUGAUCGAGAAAAGCAGAAAGAAUAUCCUAUCACCGUGACAGCGACAGACCAGGCAGCGGAACCUCUGAUUGGGAUCUGCCAGCUCAAUGUUGUCAUCCUGGACAUAAAUGAUAACAGUCCUCGAUUUGAGAACACGCACUAUGAAUAUUUCCUGAGAGAAGACACAAGCAUUGGCACAAGCUUCCUUCGUGUUGCAGCCCACGAUGAUGACUAUGGCUCAAAUGCUGCCAUUACGUAUUCUGCAUCUGGUGGAAAAAUGAAAUACUUCCAGGUUAAUCCUACCACUGGCUGGGUUUAUGUAAGCCAACCCGUAUUGCAGAAAUCUUUCAUAACUGAAGAAAUUAUAGCAACAGAUGGUGGGAACAGGAGCAGUAAGGCUGAGGUUAGAAUUACGGUCACCAGUGCGAAAAACCAGCCCCCUCAGUGGGAAAAGGACAUUUAUGAAAUCGUCAUUCCAGAGAACACAACAAGAGAUGUCUCUAUUGUGACAAUUAAAGCCACCUCUCUCCUUGGCGACCCACGUAUCACUUACAAUCUCGAAGAGGGCCUUGUUCCAGAGGCCAACAUGCCCAUCAGAUUCUACUUGACUCCAAAUAGAGAGGAUGGUUCUGCAUCUAUCCUCAUAGCCGAACCUUUGGAUUACGAAACUACGAAAAACUUUCUGCUGAAAGUUCGGGCUCAGAAUGUCGCCGCAGCACCGUUAGCAUCUUUUGCAACCGUCUACAUCAAUCUGACAGAUGUCAAUGACAACGUCCCUUUCUUUACCUCCUCCAUAUAUGAAGCUUCGGUCACAGAAGGAGCAGAGAUUGGAACUUCAGUCCUGCAAGUCUCUGCCACUGACCUUGACCUUGGUCCAAACGGCAAGAUCACUUAUUGUCUGCUACCUGAUCGCAGCAGGGAUGAUACGUUUUUCCGCUUGGACCCUGAAACGGGUUCAAUCUAUACUACCUCUGUGUUUGAUAGGGAAAAGAAAGCAUCGUAUCUCUUAGAAGUCAAAUCAACCGACGGCUCGGAAUCCGCUCGUCCUGGAAAACAUGGGCAGCCAAAUUCUGACACGGCCUACGUGCGUGUUUUUAUCAGUGACGUGAACGACAACAAGCCCGUCUUCACCCAGAGCAUCUACGAAGUUAAUAUAGAUGAAGACCGAGACGUGGGAUCAGCUGUCAUUACCGUUGGUGCUAAUGAUGAAGACGAAGGAGCCAACGCAAAAUUAAGAUACCAGAUAACAGCUGGGAAUGCUGGUGGAGCGUUUGACAUCACACCGGAAACGGGCAUCAUCUUCAUUGCCCGACCACUGGAUUACGAAGAGUUGCAGCUGUAUGAACUUCACCUCUUGGCUUCCGACGGGAAGUGGGAGGAUUACGCCAUUGUGAUCAUUAACAUUGUGAACAAAAAUGAUGAAGCCCCUGUGUUUGCUCUCAGUGAAUAUUAUGGAAGUGUGAUCGAGGAACUAGACGGUCUCCCGGUCUUUGUCCUUCAGGUUGCCGCGAAUGAUCCUGAUAGUAGCUUGGAUGGAGGUGAUAUAAGGUAUUCCUUGCAUGGAUAUGGCGCAGAUGAAGUCUUUGCAAUAGACGAGAACUCGGGCAGCAUCUAUUCCCAGAAGGUGUUAGAUCGGGAAGAGAGAGCCCUUUGGAGAUUUGUCGUGUUGGCGACUGAUGAAGGAGGAGAAGGCCUUACUGGAUUUGCAGAUGUGGUGAUAAAUGUCUGGGAUAUAAACGAUAAUGCCCCGACGUUCUCUUGUAUGCCCGGCGACUGUAAUGGGAGUGUCUUUGAGAAUUCUCCUGACAAUACUUUGGUCAUGGAGAUGACAGCCAUAGACCUGGAUGACUCUAAUGUUGGUCUCAAUGCAAUUCUGACUUACCGUAUAAUUGAAAAUGUGAAGAACGAGCUUGAAGAGGACUUGUUUGAAAUCAGCCCUGCAACUGGCAACAUCUAUGUAGCAGGAGGAACGUUGGACAGAGAGAAGGCCGAGAAGUACUUCCUUAGUGUUGAGGCCAAAGAUGGAGGGGGACUGGCUGGAACAGCUACUGCCACCAUCUGGGUUGCUGAUGUAAAUGAUCACAUCCCCUGUUUCACACAGGACAUCUGGCAUGCCGUAAUCCCUGAAACCAAUGCUGUCGACUCGGUGGUUCUGGAAGUGGUGGCAGCUGAUGAAGACAGCGGGGAGAACGCUGACUUAACAUUCAGUAUUAUCGGGGGAGACCCAGAACAGAAAUUUUACAUUGAAAGCCAUAAAGGAGACCAGCGUGCGAGGAUUAGGCUGAAAAAGAGUCUGGAUUACGAGCAGAUCCAUGAAAGACAUUAUAACCUCACAGUCAAGGUGGAGGAUCUGGAUUUUUACAGUAUCGCUUUUUGUUUGAUCAACGUUGAAGACUGUAAUGACCACAGCCCUGUUUUCAGUUCUCAGUUUGUGCAGCUGAGCCCUUUCUUUGAAAACAUACCUGUGGGCACCACUAUCGCCACAGUAGCAGCGAUGGAUGAGGACUCAGGUUUGAAUGGGAACAUUCGGUAUUCCAUCAAGUCAGAUUCCGAUCUUGCUGGGCAGUUUGCAGUAGACCAAGAAGGUCAUGUGACGGUGGCAAAAGCAUUGGAUCGGGAGGUUACUCAGCGAUAUAGCUUAAUCGUACAGGCCUCCGAUGAGGGUCUUCCUGCCCAAACUGGAAGUGUUACAAUAUCGAUUGACUUACUUGAUGUUAAUGACAAUGGCCCGGGGUUUGAGGCGAUGUACACACCUGUGGUCUGGGAAAAUACACCUGGACCUCAACUGGUUUAUAUGACCCCUACAUCUAACCUGCUUUGGGCUUUUGAUCCAGACAGUGACGAUAAUGGGCCACCGUUUAUGUUUUCCAUGCCACCAGAUUAUCAGCACACUUUGGAUUUCUCUGUUACUGACCAUGGAAAUAAUACCGCGACGGUUACUGCUUUGAGGUCCUUUGACAGGGAGAAGCAGAAGGUUUUCUAUCUGCCCAUCAUUGUAACUGAUAGUGGGAAUCCAUCAAUGAGCUCCACAAACACUCUGGCUGUCACUAUCGGUGAUGAGAAUGAUAAUAGUCAUGAAGCCGGCCAUAAGGAAAUAUUUGUUUACAUACACCAAGGAAAAUGGUCAACAACUGUGCUCGGGGAAGUGUUUGCGCCGGACCCGGAUGACUGGGACAAUAAAACAUUCGUCUGCGAAGGAAAAAUGCACAAAUCUUUCAGGCUGAAUCAAAGGACUGGUUCUCUGGUAAUGGUGGAUAAUGCUCCUCAGGGAACAUAUGAGAUGAAAAUCAGGGUGUCAGAUGGAGUCUGGCCCGACGUUAUGGCAACUGUGCAGAUACAUGUCAAAGAGCUGGGAAACGAAGCCAUUCAGAAUUCAGCGACAGUACGCCUGGCAGACAUGACUGCUGAAGAGUUCAUCAGGAAAGAUGAGCCUGAAGAAAGCCGACUUGACAAGUUGAAGGACCUGCUAGCCGGAAUCCUCUCGGUCCCUCAUGACAACGUCCUUGUCUUCAGUGUGAUGAAUGUGGAUGGGAGACAGACAGAUGUGAGGUUUGCGGUUGUCAAUGGCUCUUCCUAUUACAGGCCAGAGAAAUUGCACGGUCAGGUAGCAGCUUUCAAAAAUAAGGUCCAGUUGGCUUUAGGAGUCAACGUUUCUCAGAUAGAUGUGGAUGAGUGCCACAAGACAGACUGUGGCGGGAGCGGCGGCUGUGCCAACUACAUCACGGUGAGUGACAUCUCCACAGUGACGGACACAGGAAGUGUCUCACUUGUCUCCAUAACGACCAGCGUCAAUGCUAUCUGCACGUGCACAGCCAGGGACAGGAUCCAUCGGUCAUGUAACUCCUAUGCCCGCAACCCUUGUCUCAAUGGAGGGACUUGCAUUGACAUGCUGCAUGGUUACAGGUGUCAGUGUUUGACUUCAUUUCAUGGAGUAGAUUGCCAGCAGACUAAGCACAGUUUCCAUGGAAAUGGCUACGCGUGGUUCCGUCCCAUCCGGCCUUGUUUUGAGAGCCUCCUCUCCCUGGAGUUCAUUACCGAUGUUCCAAAUGGGCUUUUGCUAUACAAUGGUCCUUUGUCAGAGACAGGCCCUGGGAAUUCAGAGAACUUCAUUGCAAUAGAACUUUCCAGUGGCAUUCCUGUUCUAAAACUAAACUAUGGCUUGGGCCCAGUAGAGCUGCAUUUGCCUAGCUAUGUGAAUGUUACGGACAGAAAAUGGCAUCGCCUCGAAGUGAGAAGCAGCAGGCAGGGUGUCCGAUUGACUUUGGAUCAGUGCAAGGCUGCGGUUGUGUCAGAGGUGGAGGGAGUAGGGGAGUGGCUGACAACAGAAGACCGCACUAAUUGUGAGGUUGUGGGCUUUGUCCCGCAAACAAAUAGGCACUUGAACUUGAACCAGGUUCUCCAGUUGGGUGGCGUAAAAGAAUCGAUUCCCUAUACAUACCCCCAGCUGCAGCAUAAGCAUUUCACCGGCUGUGUUCGCAAUCUCAUUUUGGAUACUCAGGUGUACGACCUUGAAUCUCCGGCAGAAUCUCUGAAUAGUUGUCCUGGCUGUGCCUGGACCGACGACAGCUGUGAGAAGAAGGGCUCCUCUCCCUGUGGGGCUCAUGGCCGAUGCCUCGGGGACUGGGAUUCGUUUACCUGCCUCUGCUUGCCAGGGUACUACGGCCACAAGUGUGACAAAGUUGCUGAAGAAUAUUCCUUCGGGCCGGGGAGUUACGUUCGUUAUCAGCUUCCUCUCACUGUACCUGCUCGCCAAACCCUGAUAGAGAUGAUGGUGAGGAUGCGACAGCCCAACGGGAUCAUUAUGAGCAUGUCUUCCCGAAACAAGGAUGAGCAUAUUAUCCUGCAGGUGAUUCAGGGGUUGUUAGCAGUAUCUUAUAACCUGGGGGAUGGAAUGGUCACUGUUAGCCUUCCUUCCUACCGACUUGAUAAUGGUGAGUGGCAUCAUAUCUCCCUGGAGAGAAACGAAAACGAGUUUAUUCUUCGCCUGGAUGGAGGAGGUGGAAAGAGAGAAAUCCUGAAGGCAGAAGGCAUCUACAAGGAGAUUCAGGUUGAUCCUGACAGCUUGGUGGUUGGCAACACAUAUCCUGUCAAUCAAAAUCACAGUUUCCAAGGAUGCAUGAAGGAUGUCAGAUUCAAUAACUAUGAGCUGCCGCUGGACGCUUACCCUAAGGAGUUGGUAUUGAGUGCCCAAGGAGUGGAAAAAGACUGCCUUUCAGAUGCUUGCAAGAGCAAUCCCUGCAGCCAGCAGUUUAUCUGUAUUGACUUGUGGAUGAUGUACGAGUGCAGUUGCCCUGCAGGACACAUGUUGGUGGAGAACGCCUCAGGCCGGCAUUGCAUUUACACUGCAUGUGCUCAGAGACCCUGCAAUUUUGGCACCUGCAUCUCACAAUCUGCAAGCAAGUUCCGAUGUCACUGCCCUGAUGGGUAUGCUGGCCGCAACUGUGAAAUCAUGCUGGCGAUCUUCACCAAGGACGCCGGGCUGAGUUUCAGCUCCAUGUUUGCCAUCUGCAUUUGUUUUCUGGCGCUACUAGUUCUCCUCAGUGGCGUUUUCCUAUGGACACGGUGGAAGAGCCAUAAAAGCAUGAAUGGAGGAGUCUACCACGUCACCACCAGUCAGGAUGACUUGGAGGACAUCAGAGAGAACAUUCUCAACUACAACGAGGAAGGGGGUGGAGAGCAAGAUCAGGAUGCCUACAACAUGGCUGAGCUCCAGAUGUCUCUGCAAACCAGUCCCGCUUACUCCCUCUAUAAGAAGAAAGGGAAACGGUCAGACCUGCACUGUCACUUGAGCUGUGAGGCUCCUCUAAGUCCCAAAGAGCAACGAGAAACCCCUGCGACAGGAAAGGGGGACUCUUUAUCAAGCACAGAUUUUGGGUGCUACCUAAUGGGCGUGGUAAGAAAUGUCGACCAGCAGCACCAGGCUCUGCCCUGUGAUUCUCUGCAGGUGUUUUACACCGAAGGGGAGUGCUCGGAGGCCAGCAGCCUAAGUUCCCUGGCAUCCUGCGGAUGGGAUGAAGAUGCAGUUUAUGGGAAUAUAAAAGACUGGGGGCCAAAGUUUGAAAAACUAAGCGAACUCUAUUCGCAUGCAGAGCCUGAUGUCUAGAAUAUGGAAUCUGUCUUGGACUAUUGCUUAAGGGGUUUUUUUUAAUGUGACUUUUGAUACAGUUGUACUUCCCUGAGGUGUUCAAGAGACAGAACGGCAAGAAACCAGAGAGCUUUGGCGUGAUGAGAAUAGCUGCCGUUCCAAACUGAAAAGAGGGAUGGAAAACUCUGGAUGUCACGGUGAGUGUGGGUUGAAGAAAGGCCGAGGGUCUGAAUAGGGUCUGAAAGCAGCUCAAUGAUCACGCCAGGAAGACUCUGUAAAGCAACUUUCCCCGUAUUGGUGGCCAGCAGGGAUACCUUUUCCAUAAGACUUUUUCUGUGCAUAUAUUUGGAAGGAGGGAACCAGAAUCACUUGCCUGUGUAGGUCUCAGCAUUGCAGGAGGCCCAUAAUCCUGCCAUGUGUCUCUUACGCAGUCCCUGUCAUAUCGUCUGACGUGUGGUGUGCAGUUCUUUAUCACUAAAUGUACAGCUGAAACUAAUUUCCUUUUUAAUUUGAAAGAAAUUGACGACGAACUUGCUGGUGUCAGAACUCAGACUCGGCAGGAUUUCCUGCUCUUUUCAAAAUAAACCUGCCUUUGUUGUUGGGUUCGAAUUCCUGUGGGUCCUUCAUCAAGCUUAGAAGAAGUCAGAGCUUGCACUUGGUUACAAAACUUGGAAAGCGUCUUUUUACAACUCUUCCCCGAAAGAAGUGGGCUUGCUGCUGAAAUGGUUGACUCCAGCAAAUGCUUCAAAGUAAUCCUCAAGUUGGAAUCGGCUCAAGGGAAAACAAAACCCCAAACAGUCUUGAUUGGCAGGAGAUAGCGUGCUUGUCAAAUCCAGCAUUGCUGAUCACAAAAGUAUUGUAAAGUAUCCUGGCUUUGAAUUGCUUCUGUUAUUUCAAGCUCUCUACUCCUCACUCUUCCGUACAAUUAAGCAAUUCCCUGCUUUAUCAGUACAUUAAAAUCCUUUCCUAUGAAUACUCAUGAACUGAUAGGCGCAUUUGAACGGUACGGGCUAAAGUUGUCCCUCAGAUUGAAAAAAAAAGAUGCAGCAUAAAGAAUAAGAUCUCAAAAGUAUCUUGUUUACAACUAGAACCUUCAUCUUGUAUUGCUGGGAACGCAAAUAUCAGAAGUCCAGAAUGGAACUAUCGAAGAUAUCACAGUGCAUAAUCUCACCAGUGUUUGGUACAGCUUCUUCAGAAUUAGGAAUUCUGCAUGCAUUUGAAAAUGACAUGGGGUGGGGGUGGGGGAGGCAGAGGCUUUGGUUCAAAGCAAUAAUAAUAUGUUAAUAUGUACAGUUCAUAGAUGUGUCCUUUUUCAAUUGCCUUUCUUAGACUCUCAGAUGGUAUUUGCCCAGCCAAUUUGGUGGUAUUUUUUGCUCAGCCACUAAUAUCUGUAAUGAAAAAGGUGCUACAUAGUAUAUUUUAGUUUUAUCUUAGGACCUCCUAAAUGUUGGACAGUGGAAUAGGAGACACCUUGGGCUUAACAAUCUCAUAGAUAUCAUUUUGCCAGCCUUCCAGCUCAGAAUUCAGUUACCCUGUUCCUUCCGUCCAGCUUGUCUUUAAAAAAUCUCCAGUUAAUAACUGUUCCUUAGAUUAUGUACACAUUCGUUUCAGCAAAUGAAGCAUACAGAAAUGUGAUGCUAUGAGAAAAGUCAGUGAAAUGGGGACCUGCAAAAUGGAACAGGGAGGGAAUGAGGAAGGCUACCGAGAUGUGGAUAAGAAAGAGAGACAAGACUUUCCGUAGUUCCUGAGUUGCAUUUUUCAAAUACGUUCUAAGUUGCCACCUUUUUAUACAUUGCCAGAUGCUCUUGUAACUUCUCUUGGACUUCGGUAGGGUUGUUUCUCAUUAGCUCAUUCAGCCAUUCUGUGUGUGAUCAAAAUAUUUCCAGUUCCUCAAGAUAAUUUUUCAGGCUGUCAAACACCCACUUCUGUCCAAUACUUCAUCUUGAUUGAUAGAAUCAGCUCAUUCAACACCCCUGUCCUGUUCAAACUCAGAGAAGGUAGGGGGUAGAUGCCUAAAAGAUGUUCAGCCUCAUUCAAAACAUGAUGCAAAGAACAGCUGGAACGGUGCCUGCACAGCUUUGUCUCAACCGCUAGAAACCCACGAUCAGCUUUUUGGUGCGCUGCUCUCCUUCAGUCCCCCUUGUCAAACAGCAUUAAGCUUUUUUAAAAAAAUGUUGCAUAAUGUCUCAGUUAUUGGAAUGGAGGGGGCUUGUCCAGGCAGACUCCAUUUGUGCAUAUAUGCACCUCUAAACUGGACUGGGCUGACUGAAUUUAACAGGCAGAUGUGUUUCAGUUCUUUAUAACAGAAAAGCUCCAAAACCUGGCUACCAGUACUAAAAAAAACCCCCACCAAAACAAAACCCAGAAACAUUCAAUGCAAUUACUUCACCCAGAUAUAUGCUAAGGCAGUUAGUUGGAACUGCAAAUGAACUUCACCCAGACACAUGCAAAUGUGCCUCACCCCCCUUCCCACCUGUGAGGUGGACAAAACAUAUGCACCCUGCCACACAAACACUCCACACUGUGCCACAGAGAGACGUGCUUCUUAUCAUGACAUGCCUCUGAAGAUGCCAGUCAUAGAUGCUGGCAAAACAUUAGGAGCAAAACCUACCAGACCACAGCCAGACAGCCCUGAAAUCCCACAAGUCAACGCUAAGCGCUGUCAUCCGUUUAUAGCUGGUGUACUUGGCCCGAAAUGUUCACUGCAUGUCACCCAGUCUGAUCAUAGGACUCCAUAAGAUUUCUUUUUUUUAAAAAAUGCAACAGUUUGAAAGUGCAGCAUUCUUUACAACUUUUUUUCUGGAGAUGUUUCUCCAGGUUUUAAGGCUAAGUUCUUCCUCCUGCUUUUAUGUCUGACAAUGUAAAGGGUGUGGUAAUUAUUUACCAAAGCAACUGUCUUAGGAAUUGAUCCCCAGUUUUUAAUCAUAGUGCAUAGUUGAGAAGAAAGGUGUCUAUCCGACAGUAGAUGGUGUUUUGCUAGGCAUGCAAUCUGGAACUGCAUCUUUCAAAAAGGUGGAUAUUUUUCUAUUGAAUUUUUUUUUGGGGGAGAGUUGAGUCUACUUCAGCUACGAAGUUUGGUUUAAAUAUACUACAGUGGAAUAAGAGAAAAGCUGGCAAAAAUAGUCAAGCUGUUUCUGGGAGAGUAUUCAGAUGUCAGGGAGCAGCAGUGGCGUAGUGGUUAAGAGCAGGUGCACUCUGAUCUGGAGGAACCAGGUUUGAUUCCCAGCUCUGCCGCUUGAG